AUGGAUUUCAACACAUUCGGUGACGUAAAAUCGCGUGCUUCUACCGAUUUUGCUCACCCUCUAAUAGAUCUUAGCUUCGAUUCGCCAAGGUUUGAGCCCCUAGUGGUCACGUCAGACUCGCUGGAUGUGCGACCGAAGCCAGUGACGCGAAGCAGGUUUGCGCCCGCAGGAGACAUUGGUGACGCUGCUGCAUCUGCAAGUUACAAUCGACAUGAUGACUAUAUCGACCGUGAGGCUUCCAUGCGAGCCAGUACGCAAGCGCGGCCGUAUGCAAGAGGCCCUGAAAUUUAUGACUGCCAUACGGACUCCGACGGAAGCGUGGAGGAGCAAGUGAUGAAGGAGCUCACCAGUGUCAUAGGAAACAGUUACUACUCGUCGGUGCCAUUUGCAAGUUCGGAUACGAAGCCUUCGGACCCUUUUGUAACAAAUUACGCGAUGGUGAAAACCCCGAGUAAGGGUGUCGAGACUCCCUUCCAAAAGGCUGCCAUUAGCAGUGGGACGCCGGCAUUCUUCUCGGACGGCGAGCCUAACGGUGCUGCGAUGAGGCAAGCACUGUUCCACCUAGAGAAGGCGGAGGGGAACCACAACAUCCGGGAUUCCGGCAAGCGCACGGAGGACCGUGCGCAGCAGCUGCGCUCGCCGAUCGUCAUGAAAACUCGCCGUGCGGAGGACAACACUCUCAGCAACGAUCCCAUUAUAUCCGGGCUAUUUUCGCUGCGCAAGCCGCGCGAUGCUGGCGCCGGGAUCGUCUCCGGCCUAAAGAGCGUCACCAAGGGUGUCGCGCUCGGAGCCGCCAGCUUGGUUGUCUGCCCAGUAGUCGGUGGCCACCAGAACGGUUUCGGCGGGUUUGUUAAGGGGAUUGGCGCCGGCAUGCUGGGCGCGGUGACACUCCCGGUGACCGGUAUCGGCAUUGCCGGUUACCAGAUCGGCAGGGGCAUCUACAAUACCCCCAACGCAAUCUGCCAGCGCGUUAACGGGAAGAAAUGGAACAAGCAGCACUGUGAGUGGAGGGAAAACUGGUACUCGCUCGAGGAGGAGGUGAAGGAGGUUAUGAACGCCAUUGAACGCCAACGUGAGGUGGUGCAGCAGCAGGCGGAGAUGGAUGUGACGCAACGCUACAACAACCGCAACGUCGUGGUUGUCGACACUGAAUUCUACGAUGUCCUCGGCGUUCCGCCCACAGCCACUCAGGCUGAGAUCAAGAGGCAAUACUACAAGUUGGCCAAGCAGAUCCACCCCGACAAGGCGCGGAACCCGGAGGCCACAGAGAAGUUCAUGAAGUUGGGUGAGGCGUACCAGGUGCUCGGCGACGAGCAACGUCGGCAGCUGUACGAUAGUCACGGGAAGCAGGCGUGCAACGAAAUGCCCAUCCUCGACAGCUCGCUAUUUUUCAUGAUGCUGUUCGGUUCGGAGGACUUCGAACCUUACGUGGGCAAGAUGCGCAUGGCCCUCUACAUGGAGCUCGAGCUGGGCAACCGCGGCUGCACGCCCACAAUCAAAGACUUCGAGGUGGCUCAGUGGGACCGCGAGGUCAGGCUGGCGCUCAACCUGCGCGACAACGUGCGCUCCUAUGUCUGCGGCAACCUGGAGACGUGGUACGGGGAGGUCCUCGAGAAGGCGAGGAGCCUCUGCACCAACUCGUUCUCGGUGGAGCUCGUCGACACCAUCGGUUGGACAUACAACAACGUCGCUAACCGCUACAUCGGCAAGUGGGACACCUUCAUGGGCAUCGGCGGCAAGGUAGCGAAGAUGCAGGAGCAGUCGAAGGCGUUCGGUAAGAGUAUCAAGGCGUUUACCUCCAUGGUCAAGACUGCCGUGGCCGAGCGCAGCGCGAGCCGCAGUGCACGCACCGGGGAAACAGAGAACCUGCUCAACGAGGACCACAUGAGGGAGGUCUGCGAGAACUCCCUGCCCACCAUCAUGGACGCCAUGCUCAACAUUUGCCUGAUGGACGUGCAGUCCACAGUGAAGAAGGCGUGCAAGCGCAUCCUGAGGGACAUGGUGGUCGACAAACAGUGGCGCCGAAAACGCGCCGAGGGACUGGGUCUCAUGGGUCGUGCGUUCAUGCUUGCAGCUCGCGACGCCCGACAGCGGCUCGCCACAGAAAGGAAGCCGCUGAACAUGUACGACAUGUUCGCGCAGGCGGCGGAGAAAAUGCAGCAAAAGAAGGAAAGAAGCCCUCAUGCGGCGAUGUACCGUACCGACGACGGCUUUUUUUAA